AUGUGGUUGAUCCGCCUCAUAGCGUUGGCCUCACAGAAGUUCUUAUCGGACAUAGCCAACGAUGCUCUCCAACACUGUAAGAUGAGGACCUCCAGUCAAAUGACACAGAGUUCUAAGAACCCUAAAGGACCCAAGGAAAAGAAGUAUGUAAUGACAAUGGAGGACUUGGCUCCAGCGCUGCAGGAGUAUGGAAUCAUCGCUCGCAAACCUCAUUACUUCGUUUGA